AUGGCCAAGGACAAGUUUCGGAGGAUGAAUGAAGGCCAAGUCUACUCCUUCAGCCAGCAACCCCAGGACCAAGUGGUGGUGUCAGGACAACCGGUGACGCUGCUGUGUGCCAUCCCGGAAUACGAUGGCUUCGUCCUGUGGAUCAAAGAUGGCUUGGCUCUAGGUGUAGGAAGAGACCUCUCAAGUUACCCCCAGUACCUGGUGGUGGGAAACCACCUGUCAGGAGAGCAUCAUCUGAAGAUCCUGAGGGCUGAACUGCAGGAUGAUGCCGUGUAUGAAUGCCAGGCCAUCCAGGCUGCCAUCCGGUCCCGCCCUGCACGCCUCACAGUCCUGGUGCCACCCGAUGACCCCAUCAUCCUAGGAGGGCCUGUGAUCAGCCUUCGGGCAGGGGACCCUCUCAACCUCACCUGCCACGCGGACAAUGCCAAGCCCGCAGCUUCCAUCAUCUGGCUACGGAAAGGAGAGGUCAUCAACGGGGCCACCUACUCCAAGACUCUGCUUCGAGACGGCAAGCGGGAGAGCAUCGUCAGCACCCUCUUCAUCUCGCCUGGAGACGUGGAAAACGGACAGAGCAUCGUGUGCCGAGCCACCAACAAAGCCAUCCCUGGAGGAAAGGAGACCUCGGUCACCAUAGACAUCCAGCACCCCCCACUUGUCAACUUGUCGGUAGAACCACAGCCGGUAUUGGAGGACAACAUCGUCACGUUCCACUGCUCUGCAAAGGCCAACCCAGCUGUCACCCAGUACAGGUGGGCCAAACGAGGUCACAUCAUCAAAGAGGCAUCUGGGGAGCUGUACAGGACCACUGUGGACUACACAUACUUCUCAGAGCCUGUGUCCUGUGAAGUGACCAAUGCCUUGGGCAGCACCAACCUCAGCCGCACAGUGGAUGUCUACUUUGGUCCCCGGAUGACCUCAGAGCCCCAGUCGCUGCUGGUAGAUCUGGGCUCAGACGCUGUCUUCAGCUGCGCAUGGAUCGGCAACCCAUCUCUGACCAUCGUGUGGAUGAAACGGGGUUCUGGUGUGGUCCUGAGCAACGAGAAGACUCUGACCCUCAAAUCUGUCCGCCAGGAGGACGCUGGGAAGUACGUGUGCCGGGCUGUGGUGCCCCGGGUAGGAGCUGGGGAGAGAGAGGUGACCUUGACUGUCAAUGGACCCCCCAUCAUCUCCAGCACACAGACCCAGCAUGCCCUCCAUGGAGAGAAGGGCCAGAUCAAGUGCUUCAUCCGGAGCACGCCGCCGCCUGACCGAAUCGCCUGGUCCUGGAAGGAGAAUGUGCUGGAAUCAGGGACCUCAGGGCGCUACACAGUGGAGACAGUGAGCACCGAGGAGGGUGUCAUCUCCACGCUGACCAUUAGCAACAUUGUGCGUGCUGACUUCCAGACCAUCUACAACUGCACAGCCUGGAACAGCUUCGGCUCUGACACAGAGAUCAUCCGACUCAAGGAACAAGAGUCUGUGCCAAUGGCCGUCAUCAUCGGGGUGGCCGUAGGAGCUGGUGUGGCCUUCCUCGUCCUAAUGGCAACCAUUGUGGCCUUCUGCUGUGCCCGUUCCCAGAGAAAUCUCAAAGGUGUCGUGUCAGCCAAAAAUGAUAUCCGAGUGGAGAUUGUACACAAGGAGCCAGCUUCUGGCCGGGAGGCUGAAGAUCACACCACCAUCAAGCAGCUGAUGGUAAGAAUGCCGUCUGUGCCCCACUCCAUUCUGAGAACAGAAACUCUUUGA